AAAAAACUUGCAUGCAUAACAUGACAUUUGACGUUUGCAGAAUUUACGUUCCAAUAAAUUUUUAAUUGUUUGAAAGGGUUUUUGCUAAGUUUUGAACUCGAUAAUUUUGUAAAUUAUACAUGUGUCAUAUUGAAUAUUAAAAUCAAUUUUGUUAUAUAAUAUGACGUUCAUACCUAAUUGGGAAGAAUUUGAAAAGUCAGCUGAAAUGUUGUAUUUGAGAGAUCCUCUGAAUACACGAUAUUGCAUAAAAUAUUCACAUACCAAGGGAGUAUUUUUGGUAAAAAUUACAGAUAAUAAAAAGUGUCUCCAGUACAAAACAGAGGUUCAACAAGAUGUUCGAAAAAUAGAUAAAUUUAUAUCUAAUUUGAUACGGCAUAUGGCUUCAAAUGAUAACUAAUAAAAUUAAAUAAGUUUUGUGAUACUUCUUUU